UUUUCAGUAGUUGGUGUGUACGGUCAUUGUCACCGGUUAACCUUGGAUUGUGGUUGGAGAAUUACGGAGUUUAUUUUGCAUUUUAUCUUGGAGAAGACAAGUAUCUUCUCAGUUUUAAUAUUUCUGAUGUUUCACUAAACCAUUUUUAUGACGGUGACAAUGAGCUUUUCAAGCGACGAAGUCAAUUUCCUAGUUUACCGUUAUCUCCAAGAGUCAGGUUUCCAGCAUUCAGCCUACACAUUUGGCAUUGAAUCCCACAUUUCACAGUCCAACAUUAAUGGAGCUCUAGUACCACCAGCCGCUCUACUCAGCAUACUCCAGAAAGGAUUGCAGUACACUGAAGCAGAAAUAAGCAUAGGAGAAGAUGGAACAGAACAGCGUUUAGUAGAGAGUUUGUCAUUGAUUGAUGCAGUAAUGCCUGAUGUAGUUGCAAGUAGGCAAAACCAGCAGAAUCAACAAAAACAACAAAUUGUUAAGACUGAAAUGCAGGACACAAAUGGUGAAGAAGCAGUGACAUCAAAUGUUGCUGAGAGCAUGGAAGUGGAUGGGAGUAUUGAAAUACCACCAAGCAAAGCUACAGUAUUAAGAGGCCACGAAUCAGAAGUUUUCAUCUGUGCAUGGAAUCCAACUACCGACUUACUGGCUUCAGGGUCAGGUGACAGUACAGCACGAAUUUGGGACAUGAGUGAUAAUUCAGCAUCUCCAAAUCAGCUGGUAUUACGGCACUGUAUCCAGAAAGGAGGGACAGAAGUUCCAAGCAAUAAAGAUGUCACCUCGCUGGACUGGAAUUGUGAUGGGACUCUGUUGGCAACUGGUUCUUAUGACGGUUAUGCUCGCAUUUGGACGACAGACGGACGACUGGCCAGCACGCUUGGACAGCAUAAAGGACCAAUUUUUGCAUUAAAAUGGAACAAACGAGGCAACUACAUUCUAAGUGCUGGAGUUGACAAAACAACAAUAAUCUGGGAUGCUGCAUCAGGACAGUGCACUCAGCAGUUUUCAUUCCACUCGGCCCCUGCACUAGACGUCGACUGGCAGACCAACACGAGCUUUGCCUCCUGCAGUACUGACCAGUGCAUCCACGUCUGUAAAUUGAGUGUCGACAAACCCAUAAAAUCCUUCCAAGGCCACACGAAUGAGGUGAAUGCGAUAAAGUGGGAUCCACAAGGAAAUCUCCUAGCUUCAUGCUCAGAUGAUAUGACCUUGAAGAUCUGGUCCAUGAAGCAGGACACCUGUGUCCAUGACCUUCAAGCACAUAGCAAAGAAAUCUACACCAUCAAGUGGAGCCCAACGGGCCCAGGCACUCCCAACCCGAACAUGAAUCUAAUAUUGGCGAGUGCUUCGUUUGACUCCACUGUUCGACUGUGGGAUGUCGAUCAUGGCGCUUGUAUUCACACGCUCACCAAGCACACAGAGCCAGUAUACAGUGUGGCAUUCUCUCCUGAUGGCAAAUUUCUGGCGUCUGGUAGUUUUGAUAAAUGUGUCCACAUCUGGUCUACACAGAGUGGACAACUUGUCCAUAGCUACAAAGGGACAGGUGGUAUUUUUGAAGUCUGUUGGAAUUCCCGUGGUGACAAAGUUGGAGCAAGCGCGUCUGACGGAAGUGUGUUUGUGUUGGAUCUUCGUAAACUCUGAAGAUCUGAUGUACAACUGAGAAACGGUGCCUGAAACAUCAUAACUUUUACCACUUAUAGGACAGUGGUAACAAUGAGUGCCACCUUCUUCAACAUUCAUGUUGCCCAUAUAGUCCCUUUAUAGAUUUAAUUUGGUUCUCAGAACAAACAGCAAAACUAUUAAGUUGGGCUUGCCCUUCAAAGGGCUAGUGUUACACAAGUUAGUUUUCGCUGUCGAUGAUAAAUGUGUAUGAAAAGAAAAACAGAUCAGAGACCUACAGGAAAAUAUAUAAACACAAGAUAAAAGUAAUAGAUUUUGUGUGAACCUAUAAGGUUCAGUAAUCUGAACAUGAUGGGAUCAAGGACUUGACUUGUGAUCAUGGAGGUGCAAUUCUGAAGUGCCCACAAGCACAGUGCAUCAUUGAACAGAAACAAGAAUAGAAUAUGCAGAACACCUGUCAUGUCCGAGUCCAUCACAACUCAGUGGCUGAAUCGUACAUAUGGCUUGCCCUCGACAUGAAACACUACUUGUAGCACCACCCUUCUGCCUUGCCGUAGUAUGUUAAGAUUUGCUGGAAAAUAUAGUUUGAAUCUCCCUUUGUUAAUGAACAUCUCCCGAGGUGAGCGAGGGAAGGUUCAAGAUGAAGCAGAUAUUUUUCUGUUCAGAGGUGAACCCCAGUACCCUUUGUCGACAGUAGGCCACGCAUUUGUCAAGCAUGUAGGGAUCAAGUGAACAACCCCUGUCCAUUCACCUGAUAAAACUAUAUCCUCAUUUUGUAACAGUGGGUAGAUAACUUUUCUCAUCUUUAUUGUAAUAAAGACAAUAAAAAUGUGAUUACAUUUAAUAA